AUGUCUUCACCACCAAUUACAAACUAUUUAGAAUCUUUAAAUCCAAAUAGUCAAUUGUUUAUUGAUUUUCAAUUGGAUUUGAAAAAUAAACUAAGUGAAGCUACUGCUACUUGGUUAUUGAAAUUGUUGUUUCAACUAAAAUCUGAUAAUAAACUAUCACCUACUGAUAUUUGUCAAUAUUUGAAUACCCAUAUUAAUGAGUUGGAUGAUAAAAUGAAUUCAAUUCUUCAAGAGUGUAUUAAAUUAAGAUUAAAUGAUGAAAUUGUUGAAGAAUUGAUUAGAAAAUCAACUACGGAAUAUAUUACCUAUAUGCAAAUUAGAAGAUCUGUAAUUAUACAAAAUGUUAAAGAGAAGUUUGAAAAAGAGUUUGGUUCUUAA